AGGAAGGCGGCAGGAGGCCGGUCGUCUCCCUCAUCUUCCCUCUGACAAGAUGGCGGCGGCGCUGGCGAUGGCGGCACUAACGGCUUUGUGUCCCUUCAGUGCCUGAGCUCGGUUCCGGCCUGGCCGGGGGUACCGAGCAGCGGCGACAUGACCGCGGAGCCCAUGAGUUGUGGAAAGAAGUUUACCGCUAUUGUCUUUACCUUUGGUGGUGUUGAUGCUGACUGGGUCAUUGCAAAAAAACUGACGGACCACUCUUGGGCCAAAACCCACAACUAACUUGUCUAUGGAGUUUCUGCUAGAGAAUUGUCUGUCUUCUGAAGGAAUCGCCAGCCAUCUUUAGUUGCAGAAGCCAUGGAAGUUUUAAUCUCACCUUCAUCCCUUAUUUCCGCAUAAAUGAAAUACAGACCAACCUUUAGACUUUAAUGUGAGGAAACACUAACCUGGGACCCUUUGCCGGACCUAUUUGGCUGUCGCUAGUCCAUGACAAAGAUAUUUGGCAACGUCCUAGGGAGGCCUUCAUUCAAAAUGAGUGAAAGCAAGUUGAAUACGUUGGUGCAGAAGCUUCAUGACUUUUUGGCUCACUCAUCCGAAGAAUCUGAGGACGCAAACUCGCCUCCAAGACUAUCUGUGAGCAAAAGUAUAGGUAAAAGUAGUGGGCCUGAAAAUAGUCCAACUCCAAUGGAAAACAACAGGGAAGAGGGCAAUAGCUCUUCAGAAAGAUCCAAAUCUUUAGGAUCAUCACGUUCAAAAAGGAAACCUACAGUUGUAACAAAGUAUGUUGGAUCAGAUGAUGAACAAACCUUACCCGAAACUGUAAAUGAAGAUGUUUCAAAUGAAAACUCAGAAAAUGAUGUUGAUAUGAAAAGCUUACCUAAAGGUACAGUGGUUGUACAACCAGAGCCAGUGCUGAAUGAAGACAAAGAUGAUUUUAAAGGGCCUGAAUUUAGAAGCAGAAAUAUCGUUAAAAUGAAACCUGAAGCUCCCAAAAAGCGUGGAGAGGAAGGAUUGCAUGGAAUUGUGAGCUGUACAGCCUGUGGGCAACAGGUGAACCAUUUUCAAAAGGAUUCAAUCUAUAGACAUCCUACACUGAAAGUCCUUAUCUGUAAGACUUGCUACAAAUAUUAUAUGAGCGAUGACAUUAGCCGUGAUUCAGAUGGAAUGGAUGAACAGUGUAGAUGGUGUGCUGAAGGUGGAAAUUUAAUUUGCUGCGACUUUUGCCAUAAUGCCUUCUGCAAAAAGUGCAUUUUGCGCAAUCUGGGUCGAAAGGAGCUCUCAGCCAUAAUGGAUGAAAAUAACCAAUGGCAUUGCUACAUUUGCCACCCAGAACCUUUGUUGGACUUGGUCACUGCAUGUGACAGUGUUUUUGAAAAUUUAGAACAGUUAUUGCAACAAAACAAGAAGAAGAUCAGAGUUGAGAGUGAGAAAAGUAAAAUAUAUGAUCACACACUCAAAUUUUCUCCAAAGAGAAAUAUUUCAAAUUGUAAUGGAGAAGAAAAGAAAUUAGAUGACUCAUAUUCUGGUUCUUUAACCUAUUCCUAUAAAGCACUAAUGGUGCCAAAAGACAUGCUUAAAAAGACAAAAAAACUGGUUGAGACCACAACUAAUAUGAACGCUAGUUUUGUAAGUUUUUUGAAAACGGCAGCAGAAAAUUCAGAAAUAAACUCUACCAUACAGCUACGUCAGCUGAAAGCUUUUAAAUCUGUUUUGAGUGACAUAAAAAAAGUUCAUUUAGCAUUAGAAGAAGGUCUGAAUCAAGAGAUUCAAGCUUUGGAUGUUAAAAUCAAAGAGAAGAAUACCAAAGAGAAAAAAACUGAUAUUAAACUAGAAAAAAAUGAAGUGAAAAGAGAUGAAGGAAAGGAACAUACAGAGUUGAAAGAGGACACUGUAAAGUCAGUGAAAAAAGCUGUGUCAGAACAGCCUGACAAUGAGCCCAUGGACCAAAAUGUUCCAGCAGCACAACGAACAGAAAACAAGAAUACUAGCAGUGAAGAUAAAAAGUCUGAGACAAAUGAAGAGCCUCAAUAUGAACCUAAUAGUACUGAGGCUUUAGACAUGGAUAUUGUGUCUGUUCCUUCAUCAGUCCCUGAAGAUAUUUUUGAGACUCUAGAAUCGGCUAUGGAAACUCAGAGUGCAGCAGAUGAACAGGGCAAUGGAAGUACAGCAACAGAGCUGGAGACAGUAAAUGUUAAUAUAAAAUGUGCUACAGCUUCAAAAGACAUUAAAGGGGGUACCAAGUUAAAAGCACCAGCUAAAGUAAGAAAAGAAUUGUUUGUAAAACUGACUCCUGUUUCCCUUUCUGAUUCUCCAGUUAAAGCUGAAGAUCAAGACAGUAAUCCAGUAAAGGGAGAUCAGAAUGCUGAUGUAAUACCCAAGGCAGAAAACUGUGAUUCUGGAAAAGAAAAUCAUUACAUUGGUAAUGAACGCUCACCUGAAAAUGAAACUGUCCCCUUGGUAGAGGAAUCUGAUCUCAGGAGGUCUCCACGUGUGAAGACUACACCUCUGAGGCGUCAAACAGACAUGAAUCCUUUAACAUCUAAUUCAGAAGAGGACAGCAAUGACGCAUACUGUGAGAAGCGCAAGCAAAAAUCAUCAACCCAGUCAAUGAGAAAAAAAGAUAAAAGAAAUUCUUCUGACAACACUACUGAUCAUCCUAAACCUAAUAAGCUUUCUAAAUCAAAAAAAUCAGACAUAUUGGACCAAAGUUCGGAUUCAGAUGAGAUGCCAGCAGUCCUUAAAGAAGUAGCCAUGAUGAGUCCUAGUUCCUCGGAUAUUGAUAGCAAUAGUGAGACAUCCAAUAAUAUUCAGAAGAAUGCUUUAAAUGAUCGAACGAAACAACCAGUGAAGUAUGAGAAUGGAAAGCGCAAAAGAAAAAGCUCCACUUCUGGUUCAGAUUUAGUUGCCAAAAAAGGCAAAUCAACUAAAGGCUCCACUUCUGCAAAAAAGAAACGACAGAACCCUUCAGAUUCUUCAAAUUAUGACUCCGAGUUAGAAAGAGAGAUAAAGAGUUUGAGUAAAAUAGAGUCUGCAAAAAAAGCCAAAAAGAAAUACCCCAGAAAAGAAGAGAAUUAUGAUUCUUCUGAAGAAGAACAGAAUAAAAAAGGAUCUACUAGUAAGAAAAAAAUAAAUUUGAAGAAACAGCAGGUUGAAUCAUCUGAUGAUGCUGAGAAGUCAUCCCCAGAGAAAGAGGAGACUAAUCAUUCUUCUGAAGAUAAAAAAAUUAGGAAGGGGACAGCAGUCAAUGAAAAGAAAAACAGAGAUUUAAAAGAAAGAACUCCGAAGGGGAAGCAUGACGGAUCAUCUGAUACUGAGAAAUCAUCCCUGGAGAAAGAGGAGAGUUGCCAUUCUUCUGAUGGUAAAAAGAGAGCAGAAGCAAAAGAAAAGAAAAACAGAAAUUUGAAAAAGAGAAAGGUACAGAAUGAUUCUUCUUUGGACGGAACUGAGAAGUCUGCAGCGAAGGAGCAGAGUUGUGAUUCUUCAGAAGACAAAACCAAGAAUAAAAAAGGAACAGAAGGUAAAGAAAACAAAAAAGAAAACUCGAAAAAGAAAAAUGAUAAGAAAGAACAAGAUGGUUCUUCUUCUGAUGGAGAUAAAUCAUCCCCAGAGAAAAAGAGUUGCAUUUCCUCUGAAAAUAAGAGUAAAAAUGAAAUGGCAGUUGAGGAAAAGAGAGAGAGAAAUUUGAGAGAGAGAACAUUGAAAAAGUUGCAGAAUGAUUCAUCUUCAGAUGCUGAGAAGUCCCCAAAGAAAGAGGAGAGUUCUUCUGAAGAUGUUAAACAGAAUAAAAAACGAAUAGAAGCUAAAGAAAAGAAAAAAGUAAGCCACAAAAAGAAAACCUCCAAAAAAGAACAGAAUGACUCAUUGUCCUCUUCUGAUGAGGAGCCUUAUGAAGACAAUAAAAAAAAGAGUAAAAAGAGUUCCGCUAAGGAGAAUAAAAAGGGUAACUUAAAAGUGGAAAAAAGAAUUUCUAAAAAACAGAAGGAUGACAUCACCUGUUCCUCCUCAUCAGAUGAGGAAGAAAAUGAUGACCAGAAUUCAGCAAUCGAUGGAAGCAGUGAUGAGCAGAAGAUUAAGCCAGUGACUGAAAGCUUAAUACUGUCCUCCAACACAGGAUUUUGUCAGUCUUCAGGGGAUGAAGGAGAGACUAAAUCGGGGGCUGUUCCAAUGGAGGAGGAGGAGGAUGAUGACGAUCCUGAGAAUAGAAUUGCCAAGAAAAUGCUUUUAGAAGAAAUCAAAGCCAAUCUUUCCUCUGAUGAGGAUGCAUCUUCAGAUGAAGAAUCAGAUGAAGGAAAAAAGAAAACUGGAAAGAAAAAUGAAAACGCAGAAGAUGACGAGGAGAAUGAAAAGGAAGAUAAUUCUGAAUCCGAUUCAGAUGAUGAAGAGUCUAGGAAGCCUAGAUAUAGACACAGGCUGCUGAGACACAAGCUAAGUAUGAGUGAUGGAGAAUCUGAGGAAGAAAAAAAGGGAAAAUCUAAAGACACAAAAGAAGGCAAACGCAGAAAUAGAAGGAAAGUGAGCAGUGAUGAUUCAGAUGACUCAGAAUUUCAUGAAUCUGGAGUUAGUGAAGAAGUCAGCGAAUCUGAAGAUGAGCAACGUCCUAGAACAAGAUCUGCUAAGAAAGCUGAGGCAGAAGAAAAUCAGCGCAGUUACAAGCAGAAAAAGAAAAGACGACGCAUAAAGGUUCAGGAGGAUUCUUCUAGCGAAAACAAUAAUAAGAGUAAUUCUGAGGAUGAAGAUGACAAUGAUUCAAAAUCUCCUGGAAAAGGCCGGAAGAAAAUACGAAAGAUUCUUAAAGAUGAUAAGCUUAGAACAGAAACACAAAAUGCACUGAAGGAGGAGGAAGAGAGAAGAAAACGUAUUGCAGAAAGAGAAAGAGAGAGAGAGAAAUUAAGAGAGGUGAUAGAAAUAGAAGAUGCUUCACCUCUAAAGUGUCCGAUCACAACUAAACUGGUUUUAGAUGAAGAUGAAGAAACCAAAGAACCUAUAGUACAGGUUCACAGAAACAUAGUUACCAAACUGAAACCACAUCAAGUAGAUGGUGUUCAGUUCAUGUGGGAUUGCUGUUGUGAAUCUUUGAAAAAAACAAAGAAAUCUGCAGGUUCCGGAUGCAUUCUUGCCCAUUGCAUGGGUCUAGGAAAAACAUUGCAGGUAGUGAGUUUUCUCCAUACAGUUCUGUUGUGUGAUAAACUGGAUUUCAGCACAGCUCUCGUGGUGUGUCCUCUGAACACUGCCUUGAACUGGCUGAAUGAGUUUGAAAAAUGGCAAGAAGGUUUAGAAGAUGAUGAGAAACUAGAGGUCUCUGAACUAGCAACUGUAAAACGCCCUCAAGAAAGAUCCUAUAUGCUGCAGCGAUGGCAGGAAGAUGGAGGAGUUAUGAUCAUAGGCUAUGAGAUGUACCGUAAUCUUGCACAAGGCAGGAAUGUCAAAAGUAGAAAACUUAAGGAAAUAUUUAACAAGGCUCUGGUUGAUCCAGGCCCUGACUUUGUUAUAUGUGAUGAAGGGCACAUAUUAAAAAAUGAAGCUUCUGCUGUUUCUAAGGCUAUGAAUUCUAUACGAUCCAGGAGGAGGAUAAUUCUUACAGGAACACCACUGCAGAAUAAUCUUAUAGAAUAUCACUGCAUGGUUAAUUUUAUCAAGGAAAAUUUGCUUGGAUCAAUUAAGGAAUUCAGAAAUCGGUUUAUAAAUCCAAUCCAGAAUGGUCAGUGUGCAGACUCCACCAUGGUAGAUGUUAGGGUAAUGAAGAAGCGUGCCCACAUACUGUAUGAGAUGCUAGCUGGAUGUGUUCAGAGGAAAGAUUACACAGCAUUAACAAAGUUCCUGCCACCAAAAUAUGAAUAUGUUCUAGCAGUUAGAAUGACAUCGAUUCAGUGUAAGCUGUAUCAGUACUACUUGGAUCACUUGACAGGUGUAGGUAGUAGCAGUGAAGGUGGAAGAGGCAAAGCUGGAGCUAAGCUCUUCCAGGACUUCCAGAUGUUAAGCAGAAUCUGGACUCACCCUUGGUGUUUGCAGCUGGACUAUAUUAGUAAAGAAAAUAAGGGCUACUUUGAUGAAGACAGUUUGGAUGAGUUCAUAGCUUCAGAUUCAGAUGAAACUUCAAUGAGUUUAAGCUCUGAUGAUUAUGCUAAGAAAAAAAAACCCAAGGGGAAAAAAGCGAAGAAAGAGAGUAGCUCAAGUGGAAGUGGAAGUGAUAAUGAUGUUGAAGUGAUUAAAGUCUGGAAUUCAAGAUCUCGUGGGGGUGGAGAAGGGAAUACAGAGGAACUUGCAAACAACCCUCCAUUGGCUGUAAAGUCAGAUGAAGGUAAAGCCACAUCCUCUUCCAACCCAGGCAGCCCAGCUCCAGACUGGUACAAAGAUUUUGUCACCGAUGCAGAUGCUGAAGUAUUGGAACAUUCUGGGAAAAUGGUGCUUCUCUUUGAAAUUCUUCGCAUGGCGGAGGAGCUUGGAGAUAAAGUUCUAGUUUUUAGCCAGUCUCUAAUAUCACUGGAUUUGAUAGAAGAUUUUCUGGAACUGGCAAGCAGGGACAAAACUGACAAAGAUAAACCUGUUAUUUAUAAAGGUGAAGGAAAAUGGUUCAGAAAUAUUGACUACUAUCGUUUAGAUGGUUCAACCACGGCUCAGUCAAGAAAGAAAUGGGCUGAAGAAUUUAAUGAUGAAACUAAUGUGAGAGGCCGUUUGUUUAUUAUUUCCACAAAAGCAGGAUCCCUUGGAAUUAAUCUGGUGGCUGCUAAUAGAGUGAUUAUCUUUGAUGCCUCUUGGAAUCCAUCCUAUGAUAUUCAGAGUAUCUUCAGGGUUUACCGCUUUGGGCAGAACAAACCUGUGUUUGUGUACAGGUUCUUGGCUCAGGGAACAAUGGAGGACAAGAUAUAUGAUCGUCAAGUAACGAAGCAGUCACUGUCUUUCCGAGUAGUUGACCAGCAGCAGGUUGAGCGUCACUUUACCAUGAAUGAGCUUACAGAGCUUUAUACCUUUGAGCCAGACUUGCUGGAUGACCCUAAUUCAGAAAAGAAAAAGAAGAGGGAUACACCCAUGCUGCCAAAGGAUACAAUUCUGGCAGAAUUGCUUCAGAUCCACAAAGAACAUAUAGUGGGCUAUCAUGAACAUGAUUCCCUCCUAGACCAUAAAGAGGAAGAAGAAUUAACUGAAGAGGAAAGGAAGGCAGCUUGGGCAGAAUAUGAAGCUGAAAAAAAGGGUCUGACCAUGCGCUUCAACAUGCCAGCUGGGACUAAUAUGCCCCCUAUCAAUUUCAACUCUCAAACUCCAUAUAUUCCGUUCAAUUUGGGAGCAUUGUCGGCAAUGAGUAACCAACAGCUAGAGGACCUCAUUAAUCAAGGAAGAGAAAAAGUUGUGGAAGCAACCAACAGUGUAACUGCAGUGAGAAUUCAGCCCCUUGAAGAUAUAAUUUCAACUAUAUGGAAGGAAAAUCUGACCCUGACAGAGACCCAAGUACAGGCCUUGGCCCUAAGCAGACAGGCAAGCCAGGAGCUUGAUAUUAAGCGCCGAGAAGCCAUCUACAAUGAUGUCUUGACAAAACAACAGAUGUUAAUCAGUUGUGUUCAGCGGAUACUUAUGAACAGAAGACUACAGCAGCAGUACAAUCAGCAGCAGCAGCAGCAAAUGUCUUAUCAACAAGCAGCAAUGAGUCAUCUCAUGAUGCCAAAGCCUCCAAAUUUAAUCAUGAAUCCUUCCACCUACCAGCAGAUAGAUAUGAGAGGAAUGUAUCAGGCAGUUUCUGGUGGUAUGCAGCCACCGCCAUUGCAGCGUGCACCACCCCCAAUGAGAGGCAAAAAUCCAGGACCUUCCCAAGGGAAAUAAAUGUGAUUUUGCACUAAACGGAUUGUUAAAAUCAGAGAGAGAACUUUUUUAUUUUUUUAGGAAUCAAUGGCUUAACAGAACUCAACUGC